ACUUAGUUUGACACUGUCACAUUUCGACAAGUCGUCCAAAAUUCCAGUUAUUAAUCAUGUCCGAUGACGAGGUGGUCAAAACAGUCGCCCCAGACGCCCGAUAUCACAACUGCAACGUGACCAACUGGUGCUACGCCUCGUUCGUGGACUAUCAAAAGUGUAAAAUACUUUUGGGUGAUGUUAAUCCCAGUUGUGACGAGUUCAAAAAGAUUUUCCAGUCGAUUUGUCCCAACGCCUGGAUACAAAAAUGGGAAGAACAGAUCGACAACGGCACUUUCGCCGCCCCCUUACCAUCCAAGAAAGACUGCGAUUGAUUUAUUACAAUGGAAGUACGAUUGAAACGAAUUUAGGGACCUCUAAAAGUAAUGUAAUAAUCUGAUUUGUGUGAAUAAAUGUGACGAUCGUACCGUA